AUGGCAGCCCAAGAAGAUGGAGAAGACGGAGAGGACUAUUUUCUCCCCCUCGAAGAUCAGAGUAUCUUUGGCGCGGGAAUCCGUCGCAAACGAGUCCAAUUCGUACGCUCCUCCGAACAUGAAUUGAAUACAACUACAACACGACCACCCUCCUCUACACCCUCAGGUCCAAGCAUCGCAAACGCAUACCUCUCGAUCGUCCUCAAGAACCAAGACACAGAAAGUGCCAUACACCCGCCAAACAAGAACAAGAACAAGAACCAUCUCCCCGCGAAGCACACUCCGCACCUCCACCCUCCCACACACCCUCCUCCCACCCUCCGCAAAACGACCACUGCGAAAUCUGCAACCUCCCCCCUCUCAACCAACCCUACAGAAAGUCCAGAAUCAACAGACAAACCCCACGAAGCCUCCCUCGCCCACCAAGUCUGCCUAACCCACUCCCACCCACCCUCCCACCUCGACCGCACCCGCGUCGGCCUAAAAUAUCUCUCUACCUACGGCUGGGACCCCGACAGCCGGCGCGGCCUCGGCGCACCAGGCCGAGAAGGAAUCCGCGAACCGCUAAAAAGCCGGGUGAAAAAUGACACGGCCGGUCUGGGCGCGGGGUUAGAUGCGGACGGAGAUCGAAUUCGAGACCCGCCUGCACCGCCUAAGAAGGUGCCGGUGCAGAAACUGAAUGCGAAGCAGGUGAGGAAGAAGCAGGUUGAGGAGCGGAAGAGGGGGAGAAGUUGA